UGUCGUGUAUCUUUUCAUUAUCUGUCAUUUAUUUGAUUAUCUAACCCAUAUUUGAUUACGGACAAUCUGAAAAAAUACAAUAAAACAAUGCAGUACAAGUUUACUUACCUCAAAUACCUCAUGUAGUAUGGUAAAAUGUUCUGACAGGUAUUUCAUAUGUAGCACAUGCGAUAUCAUUUAAAUAUAUUUUCGGUGCAGAUUGCAUAGUUUUUUUUCUUUUUUUAAAUAAGAAGAAUAUAAAUAAGAAGUACCAAAAUAUGUUUAGUUCCUCGCCAAGAGAGCAGUUUCAUUCAUCCAAAUUUAUCGGAAUGAACUCGAUAUGCGGGAAUCAUCACAUGAAAUUCGAAAGAACAUUAUACUUUUUUAUAGUAACAUCUCUUUUGAUGACUUUGACAAUACCAGCUGUCUUUGGCCACAACUACCGAAAAAAAAUAGAGGCAAUACAAACCAGGUUUGUACCCUUAAAUUCUCCAAGAUUUGUGCAGGAGGCAAAUGAAGAAGCUAUAUGUACAACACCCGGUUGUGUGAGAACAGCUGAAGAAAUCAUACAAAUCUUAGACGAGAAAGUUAAUCCAUGUGAUAAUUUCUACAAAUUUGCAUGCGGUGGUUGGAUAAACAAACAUGCUAUUCCCGAUGAUAAAGCCAUGAUGUCAGUGUUUCAUCAAGUCCGAGAUGUAUUGAAUCUCCAGCUGAAAGGCUUGCUACAAAAACCAUCAGAUGAAUCUGAACCAAAAUCGAUAAAAAUGGUGAAAGAUAUGUACAAUUCAUGCCUGGAUUUAGAUAUCCUUGAGAAAUCUGGCAGCAAACCUUUACAGGAAGUACUACAAAAAUUGGGUGGGUGGCCAGUGGUGGAGGGGGACAAGUGGGAUGGAUCAAAUUUCGAUUGGAUGGAUACUCUAUUUGCAUUCCGGAAACAUGGUUACGAUUUUAGCAUUCUCAUAGAAUUGUCAGUUACAAUAGACCUUAAGAACAACGCAGUACACACAAUAUAUCUGGACCAAACAUCCUUGGGAAUGCCAGAUCGGACAUACUUAGUAAGUGGUCUGAGCGACUCCGGCACCAAAGCUUAUUUUAAUUUGAUGGUCAAAGCUGCUAAAAAAUUAGGAGCUAAUGAAGAAACAGUUGAGAAAGAAUUAUUGGAAGCUUUGAAUUUUGAGAUAACUUUAGCAAAUUAUUCCUUGCCAAGAGAGGAAAGAAGAGAUUAUGAUAGUAUGUACCACAAAUAUACUAUUUCUCAAUUACGAGAACUGGUUCCACAGAUUGAUUGGCUCAAAUAUUUGAAUGGACUUCUGAAUGAUCCUAUUACUGAAACUGAAACCUUGAUUGUAAUGGUUGCGAACUUUCUGAAGCAAUUUGGAGAGCUCAUUGCUAAAACAGAUAAAAGAAUCGUUGCAAACUAUAUGAUGUGGAGAGUUGUUGCAGAUUCCGCAGGAAUGUUGUCCAAAGAUUGGAAAGCUCUGGUACAAGAAUACGUUUUAGCAAUCACAGGGGAGCGUGAAGAAAAACCCCGGUGGGAACAAUGCGUGAACUCCUUAAGAGAAAAUCUUGAAAUAGCUUUAAGUUCAUAUUACAUAAAGCAUUAUUUCAAAGGCGACAGCAAACAAAAGGCUUCGGAGAUGGUGAAAUAUAUUAGCAAUGCAUUUUUAGAGAUUCUCAAACAAAUUGAUUGGAUGGAUGAAGAAACCAGGAGACAAGCUAUAGAGAAGGCAAAUGCUAUUGCUUCUUACGUAGGAUAUCCUCAAGAAUUAUUGGAUGAUUCACUGGUAUCUCAACUUUAUGAGAAUUUGACAAUUACAAAUGAAAAUUAUUUUACGAACAAUUUGAACAUUAGAAAGUGGACCACUAAUUAUUAUUUUUCUAAAUUGAGAAAGCCAAAUGUAAAGGGAGACUGGAAGGAUCAUGCAGGAGCAGCGGUAGUCAACGCAUUUUAUAACCCCAUAGAAAAUAGCAUAGAAUUUCCAGCAGGAAUAUUGCAAAAUGUGUUUUUCAGUAAUGAUAGACCAAAUUAAAUGGAAUCAACACUCAAGGUGAGAACAUUGCAGACAAUGGAGGAAUAAAGGAAGCUUAUCGGGGUUAUCAUUCUUGGGUAAAAGAUCACGGCCCUGAAGGAAGAUUACCAGGAUUAAGAUACACACCUAGCCAACUUUUCUUUAUUAGUGCAGCUAAUGUAUGGUGCUCAAAAUAUAGACCAGAACAAUUAAAACUGAUGGUGUUAGCUGAUCCUCAUAGUCCAGGUGAAUUUAGAGUGAUAGGUCCUAUGUCCAACUUAAAAGAAUUUUCCACUGCAUUCAACUGCCCCCUUGGAUCGACUAUGAAUCCUGAGAAAAAGUGCGAAGUUUGGUAAAAGUUCCAGAAAGAUUGAUGAGUCUUAGGAAUAAUUUAUUUAAUGUGUGAGUGCUUAGAGUGAUGCAUCAAUGCGCGAAGAUUAAAUUGUUGUUUUAUUUAUGUUAUGCAUGUUUCAAUAAAAUUGCAAAAUACCAACUA